AUGUCGCUAACGAAUUAUUAUUCUAUGAUGGGGCUCCAGAGCGACGAGCCGUACGGAGCACACUUCAUCCCGGGAGGUGUGCAGGGCGCGACGGCCAGCUGCUCCAAGCCAGUCCGCGGCGUUGAGGAGGAGGAAAGCCCGGGCUCUCACAUUCCGGAUUUCUCUCAUUUCUCAAACAAACAAACGGGUCUAAACGGUUUCUCUCCGUGGGCGAAUACAUCCACAUCCUCGUCGUCGUCUUCACCGCAGCUGCAGUCUACUAUCCCGGGGCUUUUUCAUCCACAUCCCCUCCUGAGCCACCAUCACCCGCAACACGCGUAUUAUGGCCCACAGUCGCACCCCGAGCACCUCGCCCCUGCUGCGGCGUCCGAGAGUCGGUUUGUCCGCUGUUGGGAGGGGGCUACUCCUGCGCAGGAGUCUGCGUUAACGCAGGCUUUCCCCGCGUGUCUCCCCCCGCAAAACGACCUCUCCAGUCCCACCGUGACGAGCUAUGAGGCGGUCAAACCCGAGAGCUCUCCGCCGUCCAACCCGAGCCCCGAGGAGUCCAGCUUUGCCAGUCCGAACGAAGUGGUCCUCGAGCGGCUUGGCACCGCCGAGGAGCUGGGGAGAAAACCUGAGCCCAAGAAGGAGAGCGAGGAGAGGAAAGCCCCGCCGCAGCCGCAGCAGUCUGAGCCCGAGAACCCCUCAGCCAGCUGGAUCCACGCCAAGUCCACUCGCAAGAAGAGGUGUCCAUAUACCAAACACCAAACCUUGGAGCUGGAGAAGGAGUUCCUCUACAACAUGUACCUGACCAGGGACAGGCGCCUGGAGGUAGCCGGACUCCUAAAUCUCACCGAGCGACAGGUGAAAAUCUGGUUCCAGAACAGACGCAUGAAGAUGAAAAAGCUGAUGAUCCGUGAGAGGAGGAGUAUCAACGAAUAA